UUUUGUUGUGUAACUUGUCAGUCACAUUUUUUGUCACUCGAUGUUAACAUUUAUUUUUUUCUUUGAAAUAAAUAGAUAUAUUUUUUAAAUUAAUUUUACCAUCAUCGUUUUAAGUUGUCUGAAAUUAACAACUAUCCCGUUUCAACUCUUCGUGUAAGGUUAUAAUCUGAAUACUGAGAUUUUGGAACAAUUUGGUUUCAAUUUGUUUUUUGCAGAUCGAAAUAGUAAAUUCAAAUAAUUUUGUAAACCUGACUAUUAAAUAUCGUGUUUAUAAUAUUUACGAGUGGAAAUUGUAAACAAGGUGCCUUUUUAAUAAAACCGGCGUGCCAUGAGAUAAUGUCUCGAAAGAGGUCUCGGCUUGCACACGAAGAGGAAAUGAGCUCAAAGCUAUUGGAAGCAGGAAGUGGGGAGGUAGCAAAUGGGGGUUCCAGUCUUGAAAGAAGCAGCCAAACAUCUUCAGACUUAGCACAGUCACUCCGGAUGGCAGCGCCCUUCAGUACCGAUCCGGAAGCAGUAGCAGAAAGAGAAAGAAUUUCAUAUGGUCGCAUUCCCAGAGCCGUGGCGUUAUCUGGUACAGCGUCUCGCAAAGUGCGGGUAUAUUCGGACGGCAUAUAUGAUAUGUUCCACCAGGGCCACGCACGACAACUACAGCAAGCGAAGACUGUCUUCCCAAAUGUAUAUCUUAUUGUUGGAGUAUGCAGUGACCAACUUACACACAGCCGGAAGGGGCGCACGGUGAUGACAGAAGAUGAAAGGUACGAGGCCGUCAGACACUGCAGAUAUGUUGACGAGGUUGUUCGAGACGCGCCUUGGGAGUACGAUGAGGAAUUCUUAGAAAAGCAUAAGAUUGACUUCUUGGCGCACGAUGACAUCCCAUACACGACGGAAGACUGCGAGGACACUUACGCGAUGAUUAAAGCCAAGGACAUGUUCGUAGCUACCGAAAGGACGGAGGGCGUGUCGACGUCGGAUAUCGUGGCGCGAAUAGUACGCGACUAUGACAUCUACGUGCGACGAAAUCUCGCCCGCGGCUACUCUGCAAAGGAGCUCAACGUGUCUUUCCUCAAUGAAAAGAAAUUCCGAUUGCAAAACAAGAUGGACGAACUCAAAGACAAGGGAAAGAAAGUGAUGACGAAUAUAGGCGAGAAGCGAGUGGACAUCUUAACAAAGUGGGAAGAGAAGUCUCGCGAGUUGAUCGACGCAUUCCUUCUACUGUUCGGUCCGGACGGACGGCUUUCAAAUAUCUGGAAUGAGUCAAAGGGCCGACUCAUGCAGGCGCUCAGCCAACCCCCCUCGCCGCGCUCCUCUCCGCCGCCCAGUGAAAACGGCGACCCACCCUCGCCCUCACCCACACACAGAGGGUCGGCGUCUCCACCACCCCCCAAGUCUCGUCGCUGCGACGCCCUCUGGGAGCAACAAGCAGGUAACUGGAUGGAUCGAGCUCUGACGGUGCUGGGGAAUCGGAAGAGGCCGUACAACGCCAGUUGACAGACGACGGUUCCGAUGAUAGCGACGAAGAGUACCAGGACACCAGCCCGUAUCUAUAGGAGUCUCCACACAACACUGAUAUUAUAUGGAAAUGUGUCAUAGUAUUUUUAUACGAUGUGCAACGUCCAUACUACAUCGAAAAGUUAACGACGUGAUAAUAACGCCGCGAGCGUUGUUAUAAGCUGUUCAGUUGAUGUAUUUAAUUAUUAUUAAAAAGUAUGUCACGGCUUAAAAUUGUGUGUCUGUUGUCUGGAAAAAUGAAUGAAUGUAUUUAAUCCUAUUAGUUUUAAUCAUAUUAUUAUUUAUAUUUGUUUAUUGUAAAUUUAUCUCAUUUAGAAUGGAUUGCAGAAUAUCUGCAAUAUUUAUUAGCACCGAAAAUACACCAGGUGCAGAAAGUAUCACAGAUAUUAUUUGUAUAGUACUUUUUGACAUUUGAUUAAAGAGGUGCUUAUAUUAUAAA